AUUUACGCACAUGAAGUCCGAGAGCAUAGUCUGCAAUCACAAUAAAACUUUUAUUUGUUGGUGUGAUACCGUGUGAAUUCUGUGUCCCAGAGUAGGAGGUAAAGGUGUUCCCAGUAAGAAAAUAGAUGUGUUAAUGUAACUCUGCUCUCCUAUGCAUGACGCAAAUAGUAAGGGAUCAGCGGUAAACGAGGCCACGCAUUGUCUGCCCCCCGCCCUCCCUCUGCUUGUCAGGAAGCAAGCUGAUUGGCCGAGGCCUAGCAAAGGGUGCCCGGGGAUCCAAAACUGCAGGCCGCACUUAGCUUACCGUUAAAAAUAAACCAAAACAAUAAUCGACAAAACUGAGAAGGGGGAGAAACACCGAUAGAGUCUGAAGACGACGUUAUCAGAGGCAACGUUUGCCUUGAUGGAAGGAAGCACAUCACAUAUCUUAAUGGUUUUAUUCUAAGGGUUUUGUCAUCAAAUGUGAAGCCUUUUUUUCUGAGUGAAGACAUGGAUCAAGGAGGAGGGGUGUUAGAGCUGCACACUCAGGAGCUAAAGAUGCCCCAUGCUAUGAUCAUGCAAGACUUUGUUGCGGGCAUGGGAGGUCUGGCUCACAUUGAUGGGGAGCACAUUGUGGUGUCUGUGCCUGAGGGUAUGCUUCUUUCUGAUGUGAUGACAGAUGAGGGCAUCCUCCUGGAGCAUGGGCUUGAGGUGGAAGGCCUAGAGACUCAGGUGGUCGAAGGACUGGAAACAGAAGUAGUGGAGAGCUUACAUGCAAAUGUAGAAGGCUUGGAGGCAGAAGUAGUUGAAGAGCUGCAGACACAGGUGGUAGAGCUGGAGGCUGAGGUUGUUGAGGGACUAGAGGGUGAGGUGGAAGUAGAGGGUCUCGAGGCACAAGUGGUGGAAGGCCUAGAAACUGAAGUUGAUGUUGAAGGUCUGGAAGCUCACGUUGUUGAGGGCCUUGAGGAGGAGGUAGAAGUUGAGGGUUUAGAAGCUGAAGUUGUCGAAGGCCUAGAGGUAGAUGUUGAAAGUCUGCAAACUCAAGGGGUAGAGGCCCAUCAAAUGACCAGUGAAGACAUGGUGUCCUCAGAACAUAGUGUCAUUAUGCCUGAGAAUAUUCUUGGGACAGAGGUUGCGAUAGAGGAAGCACUCGACCCACAUCAUCACCACGUGCUAACGUCAGACCUCAUCCAGGACUCAAACCACCACCAUGAUGACAUGUCAGACCAGGUGUUUGUGGCAGAGUUACUGUCUGAGCAUCAGGACAACACUCUAGACCACCAGCUUGUGUCAGAAGGCUUGAUGGUGACAGAGGCCAACUCUGAGACCAUAAUCCACCAACAGCUGCCAACUGAGGCUGUUCCCCUUCAGACAGAUGAGGAUGAUGAUGCAAGGAGCAGCUCUGAGGAUUACCUCAUGAUCUCCUUGGAUGAGGUGGGAGAGAAGCUGGACAUUGGAGACACUCCACUUGAGAUCAGCACUGAGGUAAUGGAAGACAAGGAGUCUAAAGAGGAGGACGGGUCAGAGGUCAUCAAAGUCUACAUUUUCAAAGCUGAAGCAGAUGACGAUUUAGGUGGAACAGAGGUAAUCACAGAGGAUGACUACCAGAAUGGCCAUCCUGACCUGGAAGCUGCAUCAUCAGGUAGACUGGGAGUUGGACGCGACAAGAUGGUCUACAUGGCAGUCAAGCACCAGCCAAAAGUGGAAGAGGAUGAUGAAGAUGACAGUGAUGAUGAUGACGAUGAUGACAUCAGUAAUACCAUUGAUCAGGUGAAGAAUGGAGCUUCUGGACCAUUUCUGCAAAUCCGAGAGGGGCUGGGUGCUAACCGUGCCCUCAAACCCAAAGCCAGAAAAAAGAAGAAAGGAGAGACACGGCAGUGUCAGACUGCUGUUAUCAUUGGACCAGAUGGUAUGCCCUUGACUGUCUAUCCCUGUCACAUAUGUGGGAAGAAGUUUCGUUCACGAGGCUUCCUCAAAUGCCACAUGAAGAACCACCCGGACCAUCUGCUUAAGAAGAAGUACCAGUGUACAGACUGCGACUUCACCACCAACAAGAAGGUCAAUUUCCACAACCACCUGGAGAGUCACAAGCUGCUGAGUCAUAACAGUGAGCGCUCUCCAGAAUACACUGAGUACACACGGCGCUACCACGAGUCCAGCCCCCUGGGUUCUGACAAGCUCAUUGUCAAAGACCGAGAGCCCAAAUUGCAUCACUGCAAGUACUGCGACUACGAGACAGCUGAACAGGGCCUGCUCAACCGUCACCUGCUGGCUGUGCACAGUAAGAACUUUGCACAUGUGUGUGUUGAAUGUGCCAAAGGCUUCCGUCACCCAUCAGAGCUGAAGAAGCACAUGCGAACCCACACAGGCGAGAAGCCAUACCACUGCCCGCACUGUGAGUUCCGCUGUGCAGAUCAGUCCAACUUAAAGACUCACAUCAAGAGCAAGCAUGGCGCAGAUCUGCCGUUCAAGUGCAGCCACUGUCCUCAAGCAUACGCUGACGCACGGGAACUCCAGCGCCAUAUAGAGAUGGUGCAAGGCCACAAGACCCAUCAGUGCCCACACUGUGAGCACAAGAGCACCAACUCCAGUGACCUGAAACGACAUAUUAUCUCCGUUCACACCAAGGACUUCCCCCAUCAGUGUGACGUGUGUGAGAAAGGCUUUCACAGGCCUUCAGAAUUGAAGAAACACGCAGAGACACACAAGGGCAACAAGGUGCACCAGUGCCGGCACUGCAACUUCAAUGCACCCGACACCUUCACCUUGAGUCGCCAUAUCCUGUCCUUGCACACGAAGGAUCUCCCCUUUAAGUGCAAGCGCUGCCGGCGGGGCUUCCGGCAGCCCGCUGAGCUGAAGAAGCACAUGAAGACACACAGUGGUAGAAAGGUUUAUCAGUGCCAGUAUUGUGAGUAUAACAGUACGGACGCUUCUGGCUUCAAACGCCACGUUAUCUCCAUUCACACUAAGGACUAUCCCCACCGCUGCGACUACUGCACCAAGGGCUUUAGGAGGCCUUCGGAGAAGAGCCAGCACAUAGCCAGGCAUCACAAAGAGAUGUUGAUGUAAUGUCGUCACACACACAAACACACUCCUCUUUCCUGAAUGAAUCUGUGUCACACACCCAGAGGUAAUUUUAGUGUAUUAACAAAGAAAUGGCGGAUAUAGGUUGUCAGUGAAGACAGCGACAUUAUAAUUGCCAUUCUGUGUUCUGUGUUGUAGUGGGUGUAAAACUCCUUCCCCAGGGGUAAAACAAGAACACAUUUUAGAUGGGUGUGAAGUCUAAAACACAGUGUGUACACUGAGUGGGACAGCUGUAAAUUGUUUUGUUGCAGAAAAUCACAUAUGAACAUAUAUUCAGGGUCUCAAAUGUCUAUAUUUUUAUACCCACUCAGCUGAAAUGCUGCAAGGUGAUUACUGUGUCCUGUAAAACAGAAAGUGGUGCUUUGCAAACGUCAUGCCAGUUCUUCAUAUGUUGUGGAAGGAGUACGGGAGGCGUUUGUGCCCAGAGUACCAACUAGUGUCUCUUUUCCUUAUUAACUAGCUUUUACACUGACACUUGUUUUCAACGCCAUCUGGUCAUUCAAGAGUUCAUAAAUUGUUUUAAGUGAUGUUGAAACACAUUAGGCACACACAUUGUUCCAUUAAAUAAAUGAAUCAUGCAUAGUAUGGGCUAUAUUCCGUUAAAUUUGUCUUAAAAGUUGAAUCAGAAUUUUUCCGGUCUGAUCAGAUGUGUCGAAAAAGGAGGAGAAAUGUUGCAGCAUGGUAUAUAAGUAGAAAAUCCCUUUGUUGUGCACAGCACGUGUCUGACACAGAAAUCUGCUAUUCUGUCUGCUGCGAUGGUGCCGAUAAUUAACAGAUUUAUUAUUAUAUUAACUUGACAGAUGGUUUUCUUCAUGUUUGAUAACCCCUGAAGUUGUUAUAUCUGACUGCCACUGUAAGUUGCGUAUAUGUGAUGUUACCUAUGACACAGAUGUGCUCUCUCAGCUAACCAUGCCUUACAUCUGUUGAUCUUUAUUCCUGAAGCACUGAUGAAUACAGCUAAUCAUAAAAUAAGUGAUUUUAACUCUCAAACAUGCUGUAUCAAUACCAUUCUCUCAGAGAUUGUUUGAGUUAGUAGAAAGCACUUUAAUAAAUCUUUGUGUAUUUUAAUUACACAUGUCUCACACACACACACACACAUUAUGUAGGAUAUAGAUAUAUAUAUUCUACAUAAUGAGCAAUUACAGAGCUUUGUGAGUUGGUAAUGGUAAAGAUUGUUUUGAGUGUUAUUGUUAGCAAGUGGGCACGAUCCAUUACCACAUCAAAACUGAAUUGUCAGUGACAGUGGUGGGUGAAACCAUUUAUUGUUUUGUUCUAUGGAAAAGUGAUUGGGUUUUGUGUUUUGUUUGUGCUCACUAACAAGUUUCCCAGACCCUCUUCCUACAGUCCUAAAUAACCCAACCCAAUCCCAAACAUGGGAUUAUUCCCUUGAUGUCAGUGGUCAUCAUAUUGGCAUUAGUCUUUAAAGUAUGCACAUAUGCUGUCUCCAUGAAAUUAAUUGUGGCAUAUAUUAAAAAUUCCUGCAUUUCGUGUACCUUAGUCUAUAUUUUCUUUCAGUCUGAUUGUGGAUAUACUACUGGUGGGGAAGAACCAAAAUAAACAAUUAUCUUUU